AUGACGACGAGUCGCGGAGAGCACAAGAAAAAGCGGGAACGGUUGGUGUUUGCUACAUUCUGGUUCACUGCAAUCGAAAUGAGAUUUGAUACAAAACAUGUUUUUGUUCAAAGUCCGGGAUUUCAGCAUUACCAGAAGAAACAUUUGCAACGAACAUCAAUUCCAUUUGAUCUCAAAGCCCUCAACAGUGUCGUUGCCCAAAAUGGCAGAAUAUCCACACGACAAAACGAAAACAUUCCUGGUUCAAGUCUUUCACCACGUUAUUUCUUGUGGCACAAUAUAAUGGGUAAGAGCGCCCGUCCUGGAUUACUUAAGUGUGAUCUUCAGCGACACGUAAUCAAAAAAAGAAUGGAACAUUUAAGGAUCAGCUGGCGACAACAAAUUCCAUUUACCUCGUCAUUAGCAUCAGGAGUUCACAGCAUGGAUGUGGAUCCCGUUGAUAACCGAUACUUGUUAUGUGGUGCAGCCCGUGGUGAAAUAUCUAUUGUGGACUUGGAAAGACCGCUUCUAACCAAUGAUCAGAAUCGGAUGGAACAUACUGUUAUCCCAUGUCACACAGCAUAAACUGGUGACUCGUCGCAGAAUUUGAGGUGGCGAGAUGAAUGUGUUUCAUCAGUGAGAUGGUCUUUAGAAAACGGAAAUAUUUUAACUACAGGUUGUGUUCGUGGAAAGAUUGUGGUUUGGGACGUCAGAAGUUCAAGAAGCCAAUUAAUGACUGUGACACCUUCUAGUCAAUUUUCAUACCACUGUAAAGAUUCUGGUGCUGAAUGUAUUAGCGGUCUGAGAUUUUCAAAAGAUGGUUUAUACCUGGUUUCAUUAUCAUUAAAUCAUACUUUUACUGUGUGGAGGACUCAUACGAUGGAAAUGAUCAACCAUGUUUGGGAAUGUAAUGCCAAAAUUGCCCCGUCCGUUCGUUUUGAUAUCUGUUCGGAUGAUGGAGUGUUACGAACUUGCACGCCUGCGGGUAAUGAGGUUCUUAUUUUAACUUUGGAUAAGCAGGAUCAUGAAAAUUUUCGUAUCCUUCUUGUGGGACAUUUUCAACAAGUCAACGCAUGUGUAUAUCGUCAAAAGUAUAAUCAGGUUAUAAGUUCGGGAAAUGACCGUAUGAUACACAUUUGGAGUCCAGAUAUGGACGAGCAACUCCCAGAUCAACAACUAGAAAAAGUUUCGAAAUUGCAGGAAGAUCACUGGAGUGAUGAAGAAGGAGUACCAGGACCUAGUUAUGUGUAA